AUGCAUGAUUCUUAUGAAAUUAUAAAUAAAACGUAUGCUGAUUCAAAUAUUUAUGAGCUUAAAGAUGCACUUAAGAUAUUGGAAAAUUCAAUAGAUAAAAGCAAUAAAAGAAAUAAAGAGUUAAUAAGUGGACAUUUCUCUAAGUUUGUUCAAUGUAGAUUGACAUUAGAAAAAAUUUAUAAUGAUAUUUCUAGGGAUAGUACGGAGAAAGCCUUAUUAAAGAGUUUAAAAACUCACAUUACUUUGUUACUGGAUAAAUAUAGAGUUAUUACAGAGAAUAUUUUUUAUGAUAUUGAUCAAGAAGCCUUAAAUUCCAGAAAAGUAUAUUUUGAAAAUGAAUUUGCUGAUAUUUUUGAUUUAAAAAGGAAUCUUGGUGAUGAUUUAACUAACUUUGAGAACUUCGUUAUGAUUUACAGAAGAGCUAUUAAAUUAUACAAAGAUUAUGAAAAAUCUAAUGUGCUAACUAAAAAAAUUGAAGAUGCUCAACCUGAAAUUAAGAAAUUCUUAGAAAAUAUCUAUUCUUAUAUUCUUACUAAUGAAUUUAACUUUCAUGAAAGUUGUUAUUACUUUGAUAUUUAUUUUGAAGUGAGUGGUGAUAAGAGUGAUAGGAAGGUUAUGAAUACUCUUUUAGUGAUAUUUAAAGAAUCUACUUAUUAUGUUGAUAAUUCAGACAUUGAAGAGUAUAUGAAAUACUUAGAUGAUUGUUUAUUUAGGUUUGUUAACUAUGUAGAUAAUGAUAUUAAAAAAGAAGGUAUUACUCAUUAUUUUAGUUGUGUUAGAUCAGUUAUUGAUAAUGUUACUACUGCUAAGGUAUUGUUUAAGAGGUCACAAAGACUGAGAAACAGUCUUAAAUUAGAAAGUGAUGUUUUGGUUCAUUAUAACAGUUUGUUAAAAAAUUCCAAAUUUGGAGUUUUUAUUGAUCUUAUACAAAGAGUUGAUGAUAUUGUUAGUAAAGACUGUGAUUUUAUUUAUUUUGAACCAGAUGAUAUUCAGACUAUUUCACAUCUUAACAGUAAAUUUGACCAAGUAAAUGAAAAGUUUGAGGCUUUCUCUUCCAUAUUGACAUCAUCUGAGAAUAGAGUUUGUCAAGAAAAGAUACUUGAGUAUAUUAAAGAUGAAAUAAAUAAGAUUAAAUUUGAUGAUAAGUUUGACUAUCUUAAUAUCAAAAUAAAAGGAAUAAGAACCUGUUUUGGUAGUAGGAGUAGUAGAUUAAAUAAAGAAUUAGAUGAGUAUAUUAAUUCUAAGAAAAACAAGAUUAUAGAUGAUACAGUUAUAGAACUUAAUGGAAAGAUGAGCAAUUUUAAUGAAACAGAUGAUGAAUGUGUUCAAUUAUUAAUGAAUAUAACUAAAUUACUAGAUUUAUCUUCAUUUGAAACUAUGAAAACGAUUUUAUUUAGAUGUAAAGACAAUAUUGUUAAGUUUCCUGUUUUAGUAUAUUUUUUACAUCAAUUUAUAAAAUCAUCUAAACCAUCAUUAGAUAACCAACAAGACAAAAUUGUCAAUAGAAUAAGAAAACAAUUUAAAUUCUUAAUAAAUCAUUCUUUAUAA